AUGUGGCAUAAAGAAGUAAACAGGGAUUCGGUGCUGCCUGCUGUUGCAGAAGUCGCCGAUGGUUUCAAUUAUAUAUUUAAAAUUUUUCCCUGCAGGACGGAAAAGGAGCAGUUGGAGGAAGCCUUUGACUUCUUAUGUGUCCUCUUUGGGUGUGAGAUUCUCAACAUCAUCCCAGGAAGAGUAUCGACAGAAGUUGACGCCAGGCUUUCAUUUGACAAAGAAGGAAGCAUUGCUAAGGCUAAGAAGCUCAUAGCCCUAUAUGAAAAGUCUGGCAUCAGUAAGGACAGGAUCCUCAUCAAAUUGGCCUCAACCUGGGAAGGGAUUCAAGCUGCAAAAGUCCUGGAAGAGGAGCAUGGAAUCCAUUGCAAUCUCACAUUGUUGUUCAAUUUUGCCCAAGCAGUGGCAUGUGCUGAAGCUGGUGUCACUCUCAUCUCUCCUUUUGUUGGCCGCAUCCUGGACUGGCACAUAGCCCACUCAAACAAGAAAGCCUUUGAGCCACUUGAAGAUCCUGGUGUGAAGUCUGUCACUGCCAUUUACAACUACUUCAAGAAGUUUCACUACAAAACUGUGGUCAUGGGUGCUUCAUUCAGGAAUACAGGAGAAAUCAUGGCAUUGACGGGUUGUGAUUUGCUCACCAUUUCUCCUCAACUCCUGGAUGACUUGGCCAAGUCAUCAGAGACUGUUGUCCGUCAUCUUGAUCCAAAUGCAGCUGAAGUUUUACCCCUGGAGAAGAUACAUAUGGAUGAGAAGACCUUCCGUUGGAUGGUGAAUGAGGAUCAGAUGGCUACUGAUAAGUUGUCAGAAGGUAUCAGAAAGUUUGCUGCUGAUGCCGUGAAGUUAGAGGGGAUCAUCCGCUCUCGUCUUGGUGAAGCCAUCAAUGGGAAAUGAUGAAGGAUCUUCUUUGUGGCAUACCUGUUAUAUCCAUGUUAAUGCAUUCCAUAUCAUGUGAUCAUUGCACAACCUGGGUUUCUAAGAUGAGAAUCUCUGAAUACUCAAUAAGCAUUCCCCUAUCACGCUGCUUUCAAGCAGACAAACCACAACUUUUUGAGUUAUGAUACUGUAAAUGUAGCAACUAUCUGGAAUCUCUCCAAACAGUGCACAAUAUUGAGUUCUUGCCAAAGAUAUUACCCAAAAUAGUGAUAACUUACCUAAUAUAUAUUGUACCUCUGAAUGAAGAGUCUCUGCUUUACAUUGAUGUUGGAUUUGUUCUUGGUGUGUUUCAUGUAUGAAUUGGAUGCGGAUUGUAGCUUAGAUAUUUUCUUAGAAGGCUUUGCUGUAGAAUUUAUUUUACUUAUUGAUGCUUACUUUUUAUAUUGAAAAAAUAUUGAUAUAACAACUAAGAAGAGCUUAUAGCAACAAAGGGUUUGUCUUUUAGCUGAUAUUGAAGAUAGAUGAGCAAAAAUGAAACUGGCCAAUCAGUGUUUCUGCAGGGUUUUGGUCAAUAAAUGCUUUCUGUGCUUUCUAAACUCUCUUAUUGAAUGAGCAAUAAAACUGUUCUGGAUGA